AGUCGCAGCCAGGAGUGGCAGCAGACGGAGCGCACCUCGCAGCUGCCGGGCGCGCCCUGGGGGGAGCUGCGUCCGGCAGAGCUGCUGGGUGGUUGCUUUUCCCGGGCUCUCACCUCCGGUAUCCGGGCCUACCCCCGCAACCCCUACUUCUCUUGCCCUCGCUGCUGUCGCCUUAGAGGCGACUCUGGGGAAGGGCCAGCAAUCCCACCUUCCCCGGCGCCAGUAGUGACCCACUGCCCACCCCACCUCUGUCCCUUUUCGAGGCCCCAUCUCCCGCGCCUUUAGGCGCCCAGAACGCCCCAGCCAUGGGCAUCCGAGGCAUGCUGCGAGCCGCAGUGAUCCUGCUGCUCAUCAGGACCUGGCUUGCGGAGGGCAACUACCCCAGUCCCAUUCCGAAAUUCCACUUCGAGUUCUCCUCCGCUGUGCCGGAAGUCGUCCUGAACCUCUUCAACUGCAAAAAUUGUGCAAAUGAAGCUGUGGUUCAAAAGAUUUUGGACAGGGUGCUGUCGAGAUACGAUGUCCGCCUGAGACCAAAUUUUGGAGGUGCCCCCGUGCCUGUGAGAAUAUCUAUUUAUGUCACCAGCAUUGAACAGAUCUCAGAAAUGAAUAUGGACUACACGAUCACAAUGUUUUUUCAUCAGACUUGGAAAGAUUCACGCUUAGCAUACUAUGAGACCACCAUGAACUUGACCCUGGACUAUCGGAUGCAUGAGAAGUUGUGGGUCCCUGACUGCUACUUUCUGAAUAGCAAGGAUGCUUUCGUGCAUGAUGUGACUGUGGAAAAUCGCGUGUUUCAGCUUCACCCAGAUGGAACGGUGUGGUAUGGCAUCCGACUCACCACUACAGCAGCCUGUUCCCUGAAUCUGCAUAAAUUCCCUAUGGACAAGCAGGCCUGCAACCUGGUGGUGGAGAGCUAUGGUUACACAGUUGAAGACAUCAUAUUAUUCUGGGAUGACAAUGGGAACGCCAUCCACAUGACUGAGGAGCUGCAUAUCCCUCAGUUCACUUUCCUGGGGAGGACGAUUACUAGCAAGGAGGUGUAUUUCUAUACAGGUUCCUACAUACGCCUGAUACUGAAGUUCCAGGUUCAGAGGGAAGUUAACAGCUACCUUGUGCAAGUCUACUGGCCUACUGUCCUUACCACUAUUACCUCUUGGAUAUCAUUUUGGAUGAACUAUGAUUCCUCUGCAGCCAGGGUGACAAUUGGCCUAACUUCAAUGCUCAUCCUGACCACCAUCGACUCACAUCUGCGGGAUAAGCUCCCCAACAUUUCCUGUAUCAAGGCCAUUGAUAUCUAUAUCCUCGUGUGCUUGUUCUUUGUGUUCCUGUCCUUGCUGGAGUAUGUCUACAUCAACUAUCUUUUCUACAGUCGAGGACCUCAGCGCCAGCCUAGGCGACGCAGGAGACCCCGAAGAGUCAUUGCCCGCUACCGCUACCAGCAAGUGGUGGUGGGAAACGUGCAGGAUGGCCUGAUUAACGUGGAAGACGGAGUCAGCUCUCUCCCCAUCACCCCAGCGCAGGCCCCCCUGGCAAGCCCGGAAAGCCUCGGUUCUUUGACGUCCACCUCCGAGCAGGCCCAGCUGGCCACCUCGGAAAGCCUCAGCCCACUCACUUCUCUCUCAGGCCAGGCCCCCCUGGCCACUGGAGAAAGCCUGAGCGAUCUCCCCUCCACCUCAGAGCAGGCCCGGCACAGCUAUGGUGUUCGCUUUAAUGGUUUCCAGGCUGAUGACAGUAUUAUUCCUACCGAAAUCCACAACCGUGCCGAAGCCCAUGGCCGUGGUGUUACCCAUGACCAUGAAGAUUCCGAUGAGAGCUUGAGCUCAGAUGAGCACCAUGGUCAUGGCCCCAGUGGGAAGCCCAUGCUUCACGAUGGCAAGAAGGGUGUGCAAGAAGCAGGCUGGGACCUUGAUGACAACAGUGUCAAGAGCGGCUGCCUUGCCGUUGAGGAGCAACUCAAGUGUGAUACUAACAGUACCUGGGGCCUUAAUGAGGAUGAACUCAUGGCCCAUGGCCAUGAGAAGGACAAUAGCUCAGAGUCUGAGGAUAGUUGUCCCCCAAGCCCUGGGUGCUCCUUCACUGAAGGGUUCUCCUUUGAUCUCUUUAACCCUGACUACGUCCCUAAGGUUGACAAGUGGUCCCGGUUCCUCUUCCCUCUGGCCUUUGGGUUAUUCAACAUUGUUUACUGGGUAUACCAUAUGUAUUAGUCCCCCAGUGCUCCAGAAGGGCAGGAGCACUGUGCUGUGCUCAUUUCACAGUUUCUUUUGGGUUUUUCCCUCUUUCCUUUGUUCCUUUUAUUUUGUGGUUAUUUGGGCAAUCCAAUGAGUUCAUACUUCUCUUUAUAAACAUGAGGUGGGGAGUAAUUGGAAAGAACAUGUUCCAGCUGGAAGGGAAGGGAUUGACUAGGAGUUGGAGGUAAACAGCACAUGGAUUUCCUUUCCAGCUAGAAGACUCUCACCUUUUCAAAGACUUGUAACAAGGAAUAAGCAUAGAAAAGCCCCUGGAAAUGUUUAGAGGACCGAGAAGAGCCAGGUUGGGGGAUGGGGCAAGGAUCUGGGCCUUGCCCACAAACGUUUCUGGGAGCUUUUCUGUCCCCACUGAGGUGUCAUUUCUUUUUCAUUACAUUUUUUCUUCUUUUUUUGUUUCCUCCUAGGGAUUAUGGAUCUUGCUUACCCUCUGCUUAGGGCUUUAUAGAAGAAAGUCAAGCUGGGUUGGGCUGGGGUUCACAGCUAAAGGGCUAACCAUGGCUUGGAAGUUCAGGGAACUGCCUGUAGGAAACUUAGGGAGCAUUUGUAAGUGCCUUUCCCCCACUGUAUUUGCUGCAUUUGAGUGUGGUGUUUAGAUGCAAGGGUGGGAGGGGAAUGUGGGUGGGUGGGGCUGCAGAGUGAGACAUCAGGAUGAGAGAGCACAUACCCAGCUUGUGGGGUUGGCAGAGGGUGGGGGAUGAUGUCAGGUUGGAAAUUACACAGUUGAACUGGCCUCUUCGGAGGGAUUGGAACUUGUCUUGCCCAUAUUUCUGCUUCAGAAUGCUUGACAAUAGAGAUGCAAUACAUCUGUCUAAGUGAGGAGUUGGCUUUCUGUCAGUUGCUGGGUUGGUCACCAGUUACAGCACUUGGUGACUAAACACUAAGGUUAGGAUAAUUCACACUUGCUCUUUUACCAUCUGACCUAGACUAGCAGAUGAAUACCUAUUGUAAAUCUAUAUACUAAUCCUUUCUAUUUGUCUGGUGCAUAGUGAGUGUCAACAAGCUCCCUGACCCAUUACAUCACUGAAGCCUCAUAGGAGCCCUGUAAGCCAGGGAAGGCAAAGCACAUUGUCCCCAGUGUUUCAGGGAAAAUGAAUGGAGCUUAUGCCGCAUGCUUAAGGAUGUGCAGCCAGUGAGUGGUAGAUCCACCCCACUUGCUCUUUCUUGUCUUUUUUCUCCUGACUCUCUCAACUGAGAAAUUCCCUUUUCUUCCCUCCCCAAAGAGGGUGCUCCAGAGAGCCCCCAUCACAUCCUACAGCACCUGGGGCAUCUCUGCAGGAAUAGGCUGGUGACAAGACAAUGAGCGUGAUGUGAGCAGGUGGAGAACACACUCUGCCCACUGAGCAGGGCCCCUAACAGAAGUAGGACUGGCCAGCAUUCCAACUUGCCAAGCAGCUCCACCUCACUGAUGGAGGUUGUGAGGGAGUGAACUUCGCUGAGCACUCAACAUAUGCUGCCUCUUCCUCCCUAUGCAGUCUCUCCCUCAGUCCCUUACCCCUCUACCCACUCACCCUUUUAACUGUGCUUCUGUGUUUGUGUUUCUGUAUAUACCUGGGUGUAUGCAUAUGCAUCAGGGUGGGUGUGUGUACAUAUACAACCAUUUGAGAAGCUGUACAGUGCUGUGUCUAGUGGUGUAAAUCUACAUUGGUGUGUAUAGAAUUGUAUCUACAACAUGUGGAUGCAUGCCUGUGUGUGCACAUCCCUGUAAAAGCGUGGCUUAUGUAUGUGUGUGUGUGCUUGUGUACACUGGGUCUAUGCUGAGUGCAUGUAUAUAAGGGCAUGUCUGCAUAUCUAUGUUUAUCUGAUUUGGAUGGGUGUGAAAGGAAAUACCCCUGAAAGCAUAUGUAUUCCCUGUUGGUGACCCUUCUAGAAUCACUAGAAUUCCCUUGGCCUGCUCCCAUAUGGUGGAGGGGCCCUAUUUGGCCGGGCUGCUUAACUGACUGUUUCUUUCCAACUUCCUGUUCCAGGGAGCAGCAUCUCCCGGUUCCCUUCCACUCUUUGCCCUGUCCCUCCAUCCAUCUGUGCUGUCUCCUAGAUAGAAGACUGAGGAAGUGAAUGUAGUCCUAAGAAGUGGUGAGCUAAUGCCUUGAGGUAGGAAGUGGUCAAUCCAUGGAAGAAGCUGCAAGUACCGAGCAUUUCACUUUGUCCUAGAAGAACAUGUUUAGGGGUAACAGGCUGGGGAGUGAGGCUGAAAGAGGCAUUGAGAAUAGACACUUGCACAUUCACAGACACAUACACACACACAAAUCUUGUAUGACAGUUGAAAACAAGAAAGUUACCACUGGAAGAGCUAAAAUUGCCUCUUUAUUUUUGGAUACCCCAUGUAGAGAUUCAGGUUGAGGGGAGAGCAGUGACCCCAUGUCUGAAGCUCCCAACGUGGCUGUUGACAAGCUGGCUUCCUGGAGCCUAAGCCUUGGUUGGUUGACGUGGAUUUGGGUCUCCAGGACCCUGGAGAUGCUUUCAUCCUUGUGGCGGCAAGCAGUUCAUUUGGGAUAAAGUCAUAAAGGGAGAUUGGAGCAGUGGGAAGAAAAGGAGGGUUUUAAGAUUUGUCUGGAAGCAAUGCACAUGAAGGCUGCACAGCACAGAGGAAGGGCAGCGAGGCCAGUUGUAAAUAUCUCUAUCUUAGAUCCAUAGAGCUAGAUAUAAUAUUAUACCUUAAAAAGAAUAUCUUGCCCUAACGUGCUGCAAUGAGAGCAGUUGAACUCUACUGCGACUCAUACUCUGUAGGUUAAGUGUCAAAAUGAGGUGGAGAUUUGGCAGUGACACCCUUUCAGGAACAUGAACCUUCUGAGUUUGCUAUGGAUUUGGUCAUUUUAGCCUGCACAUUGCCAGAUCUCCCCUUGUUGAGUCUUGUAUGUGGUCUGUCUGCAUCAUUUGAGUCCUCAGCUGUCCCCAACCCCUUCCCAGCCCCACCCCAGCCUGCAGUCACCCACCCACCCCCAUCCAGCUGGCUGCCUCCAUCCCCUCCCUCUCGUCACCUCACACCAAGUAACUCUGGAAAUGCAGAAUGCUUGGUAGUUUGGAGCUUGGGCAGCAUCUGGGAUGCAGCAACCCCUAUUUUACUCUUCUACCCACCUUCCAUUUCUUCUCAUCGACUCCCCGCCCCCAAGGAUCCCUUCUUUGCCACUAUCAUGGGAAGAAUACCUCUGUCUGUCUUUCUGAAGUAUCAUUUUGUUGUGGGGAUGUGUGACACGUUUCCUACCAAGUUCUUGCCGGUUCCAUCUGCCACUGUUGGGUGCCUUUGCACAGGUCAUGGAUGAUCUGGUGGGUCUUAAUAGAGCUUGUCAAAUGUAUUCUUAAAAUUCAUGUCAUCUUGUUAAUAGCAGGGCUGCAGUCUUUGCAUAUUUAGAGCUGAGCUUUGCUGAGACUAUGGCCAUUCCUAAUGAGGUUUCCUCAUUCCAUAUAUAUAAUAGCUAACCCUUAAAGCUAUUAACUAAUGAAUGCAUUUAUUAAACUAUCCACUUGCAUGGUACCCUGCUGUGGUGAUGAGCAGUAACUUUCUAGCAAUUCCAUAGCCCAACAUCAAAGGAAAUCGUGACUCGUCCUACUAAAAGUGUAGUGUGUUUGUGUUUGUUGUGUAGUGUCCUGUGAUCAAUAUAAAAAUCUAUAUUAUCAGUGUUGGGUUUUCAGGGGAGGGAGGGGAGGGUGUUAAAGUUUCUCUGUGAUAAACUUAAAUUAUGAAAUAGCCCAGUUGUUCAGGGUCACUUCUAUUGACUCAAUUUGUGUGAGACUUUGCAUUCACUAUCUUGCCGGACGGACUGCAUGCCCAGGGUCAGUAAUCAGCAGCAGAGCUAAAGGUUCCCGAAUUUAGCACAACUGGCUGUGGUGCCUGACAUAGGGCAGUACUGGGGGAUUCUUCAGAGGUCAGCCAAGUCGGUAACAUUCUGUGAAGCAGAUUAAAUAGAGUAAAAUCAAACACAUGCAGGUCUUCAGAAGUGAUGCUGGGCCCAGGCAGUGAAAACCAAGAAAAGAGGAGAAGGACCAAGACCUGGGUGUCCUGGAUGACCUGACCCAAAAAGGGACACAAAGCAGCAGAGCUUCACGAGGUGACUAGGUGGCUUCUUUGUCCUCAUUAAAUGUACAUCUUUGCAUGAAAAAGACCUUGACUGGUCCGGACUUUAACAAAGUAAAAUAUGAAGAAACAUAAAAUUAUGCUUCUGAAAAAUAUACUGAAAUAAAAUUUUGUAAAUAGCUAAAAGAGAAAAAUAAAUAUAAUAGCAAGUACUCUA